GAGGCGACUGUGAGCAACUGCAGUAUGAACGCCCCUCACACGGACCGCCCGUGAAUCACUUUUUCCAUGUGCCGCGGAGCCGCCUCAGCCCGGCCUCCAGCUUUCCCUACAGAAGACCCCCUCCCUCGGCUCAGCGCGAAGCAGAGCUUCAGUGUGAGUGUUCACGUUAGGGAGUAACGGCCCGGACAGCGAUCGGCCACCUUAGACCAAAUGGAGAGCGUCUGACAUCGAGCCAGCCUUCGUGCCGUGUGCGCGGCGUUGACGUGCUCUGCCAUGGAUCUUCAGGUGGUUGUCUGGCUCUUCUACUGCCUUCUGCUGCCCUCCGGCCUCUUAACAGCUUGUCUUUUUCGCUUCAACAUCCUGUCAUUGGUUUACUUCUUGUACCUGCUGCUUUUACCAUGGUUCCUGUGUCCCAACAAACACACCAUCAAAGGUCACACAGGACGCUUUAUCAGAGCAAUAUUCUGCACCAGUCUGCUAUUUGUACUGGCUCAUAUCUGCUUCCAGACAGUACUAUACACAUAUCCUCCUCUCAACACUGCAAUAGGUGAUAACUGUUCACAAUGGAAUACCAUAACCAGACAUAUAGGACUGUCAAGGCUUCCCUUGGAAGACCCUUGGAAAGUGGCACGUCUUCUGUGCCCAGACCUUGGUGUGUGUAUAGUUGCAUUGGUAACAGUCAUCCUCUGCAGCAGAUUGGUCAGGAACAGAGAAAUGGUGGCUGCUGCCAACAUUACAUCGCUAGAACAUAAUUCAACAGACGACACAGAAGACGUUGGGGAUGAUGAUAACAGUGACUGUGAUGAUGAUAAUGAAGAAGAGGCAACAGGAGAGGAAGAUGAAGAAGAGAGGUCAUUAGCUGGUGAUGCUGAUGAGGUUUCCACAGUAACCAGAGCCAAGCAGUUGGCUGAGCAGCUGAAGGCUACAGCCCAGAAAGUUCUGCGGGACCUGGGGAGGAUCUUGGCGAUUAGCCUGCUGGGUCUGGCUGGGAUCACACUGCCAUCUGCCUUCUCAGCCAUUUACUUCCUGCUUUUCAUUGGUAUUUGCACUUGGUGGGCAUGUCAUCUUCCCAUCAGCCACCUGGGUUUCAAUGCGCUGUGUGUGAUGGUGGGCUUCUUCACUGCUGGCCAUAUGGUGUGUCUGUAUUUAUACCAGAGUCUGCUGGCCCAGGCCCUGUUCCCCCCACAAAACCUGUGGGCCAGACUCUUUGGUCUGAAGGACAUCAUCAUACCAGGAAACUGCACCCUGCCCUAUGACCUUAAUCUGAACAGCAGUCAUGACUGGCCCGUUUAUGUCAACCCAGGAAUCCUCUUUUUGCUCUAUACUACCAUAGUGACUGUUCUCAGAACAGGACGUCAUGGAGGCUCUAACGCGGAAAAGCAGCAACAGGAGAAAAGACGAGAGAGAAAAGAAGAGCUGGUGGAAUUACAGCCUUGGAAUGAACAAAAAGACGACACACAGGUCGUACUCUUGUCUGUACCAACAGAAAGCGGAGGGACUGUGACCGAAGACAGUCAGCCCUAUCUCGGUGCAGAGGCGAAUGUGGCCUGCAGUGGGAAACAGAGUGAAAGCCCAUUCUUCCUGCUGGGAAGAGUGGUCAUGCAGCAGAGUUACGUCUGUGCUCUCAUAGCAAUGAUGGUUUGGAGCAUCACAUACCACAGCUGGUUAACGUUUGUGCUGCUGCUGUGGGCGUGUCUCAUUUGGAUCCUGCGUGCGAGGCGACAUGCAGCCACAUUGUGCUCUCCAUUCAUCCUGCUCUACGGCUUGGCUCUGUGCUGUCUGCAGUACGUCUGGGCCAUGGAGCUUCAACCUGAGCUGCCCACUACAGUGGGAACCAUGAGCCUCGGACAGCUAGGACUGAAAAGAACCCAGUACCCCUGCCUGAGACUGGGAGCUAUGCUUUUAUUUACCUUAACCUUUUGGCUGUUGGUACGUCAGUCAGUGAAGGAAAACUUCAGCAGGAAAAGGAAAAUAGCCACACCACUACAGGAAGUCACUACAGGAGACGAGGAGGCUGGUAAUGAAUCUGUGCUGAAGGUUCUGGGAGGCAUGGUGAUGAGCUGCUAUGCCAAAUACUGGAUCUACGUCUGUGGAGGGAUGUUCAUCAUGGUGUCCUUUGCUGGAAAACUUGUUGCAUACAAGAUCAUCUACAUGCUGCUGUUCCUGCUCUGCAUGUGCCUUUAUCAGGUUUACUAUUCUCUGUGGAGGCGCCUGCUAAAGCUCUUCUGGUGGCUUGUUGUGGCCUACACCAUGCUUGUGCUGAUUUCCAUCUACACUUACCAGUUUGAAGACUUCCCUGGAUACUGGAGGAACUUGACUGGUUUCACAGAAGUACAGCUGGCAGCGAUCGGCCUGGAGACCUUUGCUCUGUCUGAACUCUUCACUAGUAUUCUGAUCCCCGGCUUCUUCCUGCUGGCCUGUAUCCUACAGCUGCACUACUUUCACAAGCCGUUCAUGAGAAUCACUGACCUGGAGCAGAUUACACCCAUACACAGAAAAAAGAGCAGUGACAGGGCAGACCAGACUGGCUCUGCUAAUGUGGAAAUGAACAAUGACGAGGACCUUGUUGCAAACACUGAUGAUGACUCUGAAGAUGAAGUGGAGCUGAUGCCUAGUAAAUGGGGUCUGGUGAUGGACAGGUUACUGGAUCUUUCCAGAAGAUUCUCUGACAUUCUCACCACAAUUCAAGAGUUUCUCUGGAGGCUUCUGGAGCUUCACAUCGUCAAGAUGGUGGCCUUCUUCUCUGUAUGGGUCGCCCUCGAAGAGCCGUCUGUGAUGAAUCUGGUCCUGGUUGUCCUCUGGUCUCUGGCGAUGCCUUAUGACCGUUUCAGAUCCAUGGCGUCCUGCCUGUCCACAAUUUGGGUGUGCGUCAUCAUUGUGUGCAAGAUGUUGUACCAGCUCAGUGUUGUUGACCCUGAUGACUACUCCCGUAACUGUACCAUGCCUCUUGCAAAUGAAACCAACCUGUUACCAGAGGAAAUGAAAAACUCUUCUUUGUAUAAGGAACCAGUGGAUCCCGCCAAAUGGUUUGGCAUUAGGAAAGAUGCUACAGCACUCGGAUACAGCAAGAACCAUUUAAUUGUGCUGAUGUUGUUGGUUUUUGAGGCAACAGUGUAUCGACACCAGGCUCACCAUUACCAACAACUCCAGCGUUCCCCGCCCAUCAUCCCGGCGCUCUUUCCUGGCGCCACAAGAGACACUUCAGACCAGGGCCUCAUAUCUUGCUUCAAGUAUCUGCUUAACUACACUUUCUACAAAUUUGGAUUAGAGAUUUGCUUCCUGAUGACUGUGAAUGUGAUUGGACAGAGGAUGAAUUUUUUAGUGAUAAUCCAUGGCUGUUGGUUAGUAGCAAUCUUAGUGAGGCGGAGGCGGGCAGCUAUUGCAAGGAUCUGGCCAAAAUACUGUCUCUUCCUGUCCAUCAUCAUGAUCUACCAGUAUCUGCUCUGUGUGGGCGUACCGCCAGCUCUCUGCAUAGACUACCCAUGGAGAUGGAAGAGUCCAGUGUUGAUGAACUCAGCUCUCAUUAAGUGGAUCUAUCUGCCUGAUUUUUAUACUGUUCCAAACUCCAGAAAUCUCAUAGCGGACUUUGUGCUGCUGAUGUGUGCAUCUCAGCAGUGGAAGGUGUUUGAGUGUGAGCACGUGGAGGAGUGGAUGGUUCUAGCAGGAGAGAACACAGAUGAACCGGAACCAAUGGAAGGUCGAUUGUUUAACCCUGCACCUAAUUUCAUAAAUUGCAGGAGUUACCUGGACAUGGCGAAGGUUUUGGUAUUUCGCCACUUCUUCUGGUUUGUGUUGUCAGUGGUCUUUAUCACAGGGUCGACUCGGAUAUCUGUGUUUGGACUGGGCUACCUGCUUGCUUGCUUCUUUUUUCUGUUGUUUGGAACGCAGCUAUUGGGCAAACCAUCCAGAACUCGCCUCAACCUGUGGGACUGUCUCAUCAUCUAUAAUGUGGCAGUCAUUAUAUCUAAAAAUCUCUUAUCUAUCCUGGCAUGUGUGUUUGUGUUUGAGAUGCAGAAGGGCUUCUGCUGGGUUAUCCAGCUCUUCAGCUUGGUAUGCACAGUCAAAGGAUACUAUGAUCCACAAGCAGUUAGUGACAAGACGUGCAGUCUCCCAGUAGAAGAAGCUGGGAUAAUGUGGGACAGUAUUUGCUUUCUGUGCCUGCUGCUGCAGAGAAGGAUCUUCCUCAGUUUCUACUUCCUUCAUGUGACAACUGAACUGCAGGCUUCUGCCAAACAGGCCUCGAGGGGUUUCGAGCUCUUUAGAGCCAGUAUUGUGAAGAACAUCAAGUUCCACCAACAAGCUGAGAGGAAAUCGCUGUCGCAACUCAAGAGAUCGAUGCAGAGAAUUCGAUCCAAGCAGCAGAAGUACAAAUAUGGACACAAAAUAAGUGAAACCUCCAAAGAAAGCCCGGCUGUCGAUGAUCCAGAGAUCCAGACAGGAAAAAAGAGAUCCAGGAAGAAGCUGUGGUACCAGCCAUGGUUGGACCAUGCUGCAGUGCUACACUCAGGAGACUAUUACCUGUUUGAAUCUGACAGUGAGGAUGAAGAUGAACUACAGUCUGAAGAACAGAAGCCUCAGAAACAGACUGCCUGUCAGCUGGCGUAUCAGGCAUGGGUGACUAGUGUGAAAACAGCUCUGAGAGAACGGCAGAAUCGACAGGGUCGACUGAAGAGAUCUGAGAGAGAAGAAAGAGCUGAUUCACACGAGGCGCUGUCAGUAAAAGGUUCUGGGGAUGAUGAUUACGAGGAACCCAUCGUUCAGGAUGGGGAGUCAAAGGAACAAGAGUCUGGUCGUGGUGAGACGGUGCAGAGGAUCUUGGAUAUUCUGCGUUUCUUGGGGGCGAUAGUGCUGGCGAUGGUUGACGGACUCACUCAGUGGCUUAAUUUACUGACUAAACAGUACAGAGAGAUUUCCACUGUUAUGUGCAAUGAGCGCUACUUCAUCAUCCAAAAGAUUCAGCAGCAUGGUUCAGCAGCAGACUCCAGAGAUGAUCAGGAAUCUCAGGGCAGUGAAAGCUGCACCCUGGAGACGUGUUUGGACGACACAGAUGCAGAAAAUUCUACCAGGUGCCUGGAGGAUAGCAUAAACCAGUGUACCCCCAAGCUAAGACUCAACAGCAGUGGGAAUAUCCUAACUCCAAAACCGCCAUCCAGCAGUACGGGACUGAUCCCAGACUUAUCCGACCAGCAGCAACACAGACACUCCAGAACAGCCAGUGAGCUGCUGGGAGACAGGCAGUUUUUGAUCGAGGAGUUGGAACAGAGCAGAGAGUUUUUUUCCAGCCAGAACCGUCUGCUGAAGAUGCUGUUUGCCAUGUACAAUCUGCUGUCAGCCAACUCUGAGCUGGUCUGCUAUUUCAUCAUAGUGUUAAAUAAUGUGGUCAGUGCCUCUGUCAUAUCACUGGUCCUGCCCGUACUGGUGUUCCUGUGGGCUAUGCUGUCUGUUCCAAGACCAACCAAAAAGUUUUGGAUGACUGCUAUAAUCUACACAGAGGUUAUGGUAGUGGUGAAAUACAUUUUCCAGUUUGGAUUUUUUCCUUGGAACAGUAGUUUCGAGAUGACCCUUGACAAGCCUUUCUUCCCACCUCGCAUCCUUGGCCUGGAAAAGACUGACAACUACAUCAGAUAUGAUCUUCUUCAGUUGCUGGCUCUGUUUUUCCACAGAUCCCUGCUGAUGCGGUAUGGCCUGUGGGACCGUGAAGGCCCCAUGGAGGAUCACAGCGCUUCACCAGAUGAUGUUAAUGUUGAAGUUAAAACUAGAGAAGGAGAUGAAGAUGGAAAGCAAAAGGCAAAAAGACAAAAAGAAGAGAGAGAGGAUGACAGAGUUAGUACAGCCUCCACGCUGGAAAACCUGGAAAUAACUGAAAUCAGCAAAAUUAAAAAGGAUGAUGAGAACUACGUUAAACCGAGUACCAGCUCUGACCUUUCUACCAUACAGCCCACUGAAUCAACACCCACUGGGUCGCAAGAUACACCAGGAGAAGAAAUACUGCCUUGGGUGAAGAGUAUCCAGCCAGAUAAGAGGGAAGGAGACGAUGAGGACGUAACAGAGGAAGUCCCAAAGAAAAGAAGCAGCAUCAGGUUCCGCAAGAAAAUAAAAACUCCUAAACAGCAGCACGUGGAGUCCAGUGGAGCUGAGACUGUUGACUCUAGUAAAGAAAUGAUGACGAAGAAUCAAAAAGGCAGGAAGAGAGAAGCAGCCAGUAAGAGAAUACGGGAUGUGGGACACAAGAUAAAACAUGUCUUCAUUUAUGUGAUUCAGAGUGUUUACAAGCCAGCUCAGGGUUUCUUCAGGGAUAUUCUCCACUCUGAGUACCGGGCUGCCACUGAUGUCUAUGCACUCAUGUUCCUGACCGACGUCAUUGAUUUCAUCAUCAUCGUCUUUGGCUUUUGGGCUUUUGGGAAACACAGUGCAGCAGCUGAUAUAGCGUCCACGCUGUCAGAAGACCAGGUGCCGGAAGCUUUUCUGGUGAUGCUGCUCAUCCAGUUCAGCACUAUGAUCAUUGACAGAGCUCUAUACCUGCGCAAGGCUGUCAUGGGAAAACUCAUCUUCCAGGUGAUCCUUGUUUUUGGGAUUCAUCUUUGGAUGUUCUUUAUCCUGCCCGCUGUCACUGAAAGGAUGUUCAACCAAAACUUUGUGGCACAGCUCUGGUACUUUGUCAAGUGCAUUUACUUUGGCUUAUCAGCUUAUCAGAUCCGCUGUGGGUACCCCACUCGUAUCCUUGGCAACUUCCUUACCAAGAAAUACAACCACCUCAAUCUGUUUCUCUUCCAAGGGUUUCGCCUGGUGCCGUUCUUGGUGGAACUCCGAGCAGUGAUGGAUUGGGUUUGGACCGAUACCACAUUGUCUCUGUCAAACUGGAUGUGUGUGGAGGAUAUUUAUGCCAACAUUUUCAUCAUUAAAUGCAGCCGUGAGACAGAAAAGAAAUACCCACAGCCUAAAGGGCAGAAGAAAAAGAAGAUAGUGAAAUAUGGCAUGGGUGGACUUAUUAUCUUCUUCUUGAUCUGCAUCAUCUGGUUUCCCCUUCUCUUCAUUUCAUUGGUCCGAUCUGUCGUGGGUGUGGUCAACCACCCCAUUGACGUCACAGUAACUGUCAAGCUGGGUGGAUAUGAGCCCCUGUUUACCAUGAGUGUGCAGCAGCAGUACAUCAAGCCCUUUUCAGAGGAUGAAUAUAACCAACUCACCAAAGAGUUUGAAGACAAUGCUGUCGCCAUGCAGUUCAUCAUUCUCUACAGUUAUGAGGACAUUGUGACAGCCAUGAUUGAGGGUAGUUCUGGAUCUGUUUGGAGGAUCAGUCCCCCGAGCAGACAGGAAGUCAUUAAAGAGUUACUCGGUCCUGUUGACCUAACACUUCGUCUGUCCUGGAAUUUUCAGAGGGACCUGGGUAAGGGUGGAACAGUGGAACAUGCCUUUGAGAAGCAUUCUAUCGACCUGGAACCUGGGAACCCAGUCAGAGCAGACUUGGCUUCAUUACUGGUUGGCAACCGCACUGAGCCAGUGCUUGUUCCCAGUAUGUUUCCUAAGUACAUCCGUGCCCCCAAUGGAGCUGAGGCCAAGCCAGUCGGUCAGCUGCAUGAAGGUAAUGAAGCUGGAUACAUGGAUAUAACCCUGUCACUAAAUAGCAGUGGGAACCAGGAGUGGUGGGACAUUGCUAUUGCGAACUGUGGCUCCUCACAGUGUGGUGUACUACCCAUGGUCAUAUUCAGUGACAAAGUCAGUCCUCCCAGCCUGGGCUUUCUGGCAGGAUACGGUAUCAUGGGGCUGUAUGUGUCUGUUGUCUUAGUCAUUGGGAAGUUUGUCCGUGGCUUCUUCAGUGAGAUCUCCCACUCCAUCAUGUUUGAGGAGCUGCCCUGUGUGGACCGCAUUCUUAAGCUCUGCACUGAUAUCUUCUUGGUGCGUGAGACAGGGGAACUGGAGUUGGAAGAGGAACUUUACUCCAAACUGAUCUUUCUCUAUCGAUCUCCUGAGACUAUGAUCAAAUGGACUCGGGACAUUAUCAGUCAACACCGAGACAGGCAAUGAUUGACUGCCUGAGAAAUCUUGUUUCCUUGAGAUAAACUACAGUAAAGCACAAAUGCAAAGAUGUCCAGGAGACAAUGCACGGAAGGGGAUUGUUGAGAACACUCCACACUUGCCAAGUGGACACCAGCAGACACACAGACCCUAACCCUCCUCUGUGGGACACAUGCUGUGGCAUAUUUGCAGCUCUCUGACAACUUCAGUCAAACCAAGCAUACUCAGUACAGAGUGGACAGGAAUGAGAGUGGAACUGCAGUUAAUGGGAUUCAUGACAUAUCUGUUGUGCAAAGUUGGACGACAUUUCCCUGGAAGGCAAAAUCUGUCAUAUCAUGUUGUGUGCAUAUGUGUGUGCACGAUACACUGUAGGUGGAGUCAUUUUGCAGACAAAAGCUAAUGAUAAGAAGAAGCAGCUGAAGUCUCUGCAUCUCCAUGCUACAUGAAAAUAUGCAAACUAUAAAUUAUAAGUAUACCAAAAUACAUAUAAUGUGUCAGCUGGUCACUAUUUUAAGUUAACUAGCUCUUUUUCAUUAAAUUACCAUCAUUUACAAAAAUGCAAACAGCUUAAAAGGGUUGGAACAAAUACACUAAAAGACUACAAAUCCUGAACGAUUCAUUCGAUGAACUGACUGAUAAGUUGGACUCAUCAGGCCACACCCCCCUGUCCUCGUCACUCUGGCUGAAUUUAUUUUGAUUUAUAAGCCCUGGGAUUCUGUAACUCUGAUGUUUUUAUGUGUAUGACCAUGCUGUGCAUGACGCUGACAAACUGUCUGCCAAAUAUGAAGUCAGUUCAUGUGAACUCGAUCGCCCUGGAAUUAACUUGGUGCCAGAAUGUCUGUGCAACUAAGCAAUAGUGUUUAUACAUUAUGGUAAAAUAUACAUCAUAAAACACUAAAUUUCCAGGUUAAAAAACUGUCACUAUUUAUUCUGUUCAUGCAAACAUUGUUGCCAUAGAUAUCAAACCCACUGUGACAGCUUUUUGCUGUUCCACACUGUCUUUACAAAACAAUCAUUUCUUUACUUUCAGGUGGAGAGUGCACAUGUUUUCUUUUUGUUUUUAGAUAUUAAAAGUACCUGU